GAGUUUUCCAGGUUUAAUGUAACAGUGUUUUUCUUAGGUACAUCCCUGUGGACGAUACAGACAUAAUUCUGCACUAUUUAUUCUUGCUAGAGAAAAUAAUUUGGAGAAUCUUUACACUGUUCAUCGAUUAGAUCGUUUAACAUCUGGAUUAUUAAUAUUUGGAUUGAAUCAAGCAACUGCAAAAAAUAUAAUAAAUCAGAUGAGAGACAGACAAGUUCAAAAGGAAUAUCUUUGUCGAGUAGAAGGAAAUUUUAUGGAAGGAGAAACAAUAUGUAAAGAACCGAUAUUAAUGUAUCGAAAUGCUGGAAUAUGUCUCGUAGAUCCUAAUGGAAAGAAAUGUUUAACGAAAUUUGUAAAACUCAGUUUCAAUGGAAAAUCAAGUGUUGUUUUAUGCAAACCUCUGACUGGAAGAACUCAUCAAAUUCGUGUACAUUUACAAUAUUUAGGUCAUCCUAUAAUAAAUGAUCCACUUUAUAAUACAGAUUGGUAUGGACCAUAUAAGGGGAAAGCUUGCAAUUAUGGAAAAUCAAAAAAAGAACUAAUUGAAGAUUUGGUUUUUAAAAGAAUAUCAAGAUUUUGGAAGACUGAACCAUCUGAAUUUUCAAGGAAGACAGAUGAAAAUGUUUCAGCAUCUCAACCUGUAAAAAUAAGCCAGUUACCAUCAUUAUCACAUUAUAUAAAUUUAGAAGAAUAUUUAAAUUUAUUAAAAGUAUAUCAGUUUGAUGUAAGAAAAUUAACAAGAGAUCCUACAUGCAAAAAUUGUCUGCAUAUAAAUACAGAUCCAAAACCUGAUGAACUGAUGAUGUUUUUACAUGCUUAUGAGUAUAAAGGAAGAGACUGGAACUUUCGAACACAAAUACCAAACUGGGCAAAAAAAGAUUGGAUGGAUAAUUAAAAUAUUAAAUAUUAAUAUUGUUAUUUUCUCAUUUUUUAAUUCAAAUGUAUAGAAAAAAAUUUCUUAUUAAGAUUCUAUUUUUAUAUAUUUCCUUGAUUUUUUUAUUGCCAUUUAAAAAUACAGCAAAACACUACUAAUUUAACAUGCAGUUUAGACUAGUAGUUCACACAAAACCUGCAUAAUGGCACGAGGAUUAUUCAACUGUAAUCAAGAUGAUAUUCGGCACAAAGAACAUUCAAACUAAACAAGUGAAAAGGUGGGAAGAACUAUAUAUUACUAAUUUGUAUAUCAUUAAUAUAUCAUAUUAUUUUAUUAUUUUACAUAUAUUAUUUUAUUAAUAUACUGGCAGUUAUGGAAAUAUAUUGGUACUCUGCAGGCUUAAAGCCUGCAACUUCUUAAGAAAUGGGUGAGGCCUGCCGGAAACCUACGAAGUUCCCUUACGGUCGCAUUCAGAAAAUGUUGCUUAUCACCAAUAUAGAGAAUCAUAGUUUUCCUUGCCAUGGAUAGUGUAACUAUACUUGUGUUGGAGAAAGAUGAAUGUGACGUUAUUUUUGCAAAUAAGAUGUUUGCCGAUCGCUUAGAGCGCGCAAGUUGUAAACGCCAUUUUUGUUCUCACUAUGGUUAACUCAAAAUUUAAGCGGGAAACAAUAGUGAAGUGUUAGCUAAUGUUAGAAUAAGGGAAAGACUACGUUUUUGAGGGAGAUAUCAGUAGUACUUAAAGUUGCCAUAAGCUCAAAACCAGAAAUCGGACAUUGUAAGUUAAAUGGUAUUGUGGUAAAAGUUAAGUAGCAUUAGGUAGGCUUUAGGAAAAUAAGCAAAUAAUUCUAAAACAACUAAUUUUAUUGAAUUAUCAAUUAUUGAACAUUUACUACUUGUUUCACUUACAUAUUUCAGCUAAGUUUUUGUUGGCAAACUAGGUUGCCCCCAUUGUUGGCGUGGCUUGGUGGAUACGAUUAAAAGUAAAGAUAAUUUUGAUCCCACAAAGCGGAAGAGUAAAAAAUAAAUAAAACAAAAGUUAGACAGUGACCAGAUAUAACUAUUGAUCCAUUAUCGAUGAUUGCACGAAACCGUCGCACAGCACGUGCACCACAGAUUACUAAAGACAUACGCCUAUACGACAAGUACAACCUACAAUUUUAUUGUUUUUACUACAGAUGGAAUAUUUUUGGGAUAAAGAUGGAUAAAUCGGAACAUUCCAGGAAAAAUUUUCCGAUCGGUAAGUAUGGUUACUCUAGUGUUUUAAGUCACUUCUUCCACACAAUAAAGUUAACAGUAAAAAAGCUUAAGAAUUUAUACGGUUUACGUUUCGAUAGCGAGUAGACAGGGGUAAUGUUUCAGGUUACACCGCAAAUUUAGUUUAAAACACGAUUCAAUUGAAAGUUAUACAAGAUAAAAAAUUAAUCAAUAGCAUGCUGGAGUGAUGGUCCAUACUUAAUGUGAUCUCUUGUUUCUACUACUAGUUACUGCUUGUCACAUGCCUUUAAACAAACUAAAGAAGGAAGAAAUAGCCAUCUCUUACUUAUCAGAAUAACACCAAAAGCUACACUGAGUGCCAGUACUAUACAAAUAAGUCUAGACUUUGUCAAAACUACACCUAGCAAGAAUUCUGCGUUACUGAAUACAGUCAGAUUUCAGAACCACAAAUCAUUAAAUAUUUUUAGACCAGUAUACUAGACAUUUCAGUAACUAUUU